AUGUAUUAUGCCUUCAGGGACGCGCCGUACGUAUCUGUGUUUAUAAACUCCCUUGUACACGUAUACGUGCAUAUUUACACGCCGUAUUACACAUACAGCUGCUUGUCGUCCCUAGAAUGUAUGGGACAGCUGCACGCAGCUGCAGGCCAGCAGUACCAGGACAGCAGGGCAGAGCAGCGGCUACGAGAGCAGCAGCUACGCGAGCAGCAGCUACGAGAGCAGCAGCUCCCGUACCGGCAGUUCGCGGGAUGA